AUGUGGGUUAACGGUUACGUGUCCAUGGGCUUUGUUUUGGUUGACAAAUGCAGCAUAACUCAGCAUGGCAAUCUCUAUAGCCAUCUUGGAUUGUGACCUACUUCUACAUGGUCGAGGUCAAAAGACGCUGGACCGCUUUGACCUGGGUUCUGUGUCAGACAAUGUCCUCCUCACACAGUUUGGCUUCCCCAGAGAGUUUAUUCACUAUCUGGUGGAAUUACUGAGAGACGAUCUCUCUCGACGGACCCUGCGGUCCAGAGCCAUCAGUUCUGAGGUCCAGGUGUUGGCUGCUUUGGGUUUUUACACUUCAGGCUCAUACCAGACGUAUAUGGGAGAUACUAUAGGGAUCAGCCAGGCCUCGAUAUCAAGAUGUGUGUCAAAUGUGACCAAAGCCCUGGUGAAGCAGGCUCCUCAGUUCAUCACAUUUAAAAGGGAUCCAUCCAGCAGAGAGCUGUCCUACCAGGAGUUUCAGAGAGUUGCAGGAUUUCCAGAAGUUGAAGGCGUGCUGGACUGUGUUCAGGUCGCCAUCAAAGCUCCAAAUAGUGAAGACACGUCAUAUGUGAACAGGAGGGGGUUUCACUCUGUGGGCUGCCAGCUUGUGUGUGAUGCUCGGGGAUUGUUACUCAGUGCAGAGACCCACUGGCCCGGUGGACUCAAGGACACUGAAGUGCUGGAAAGAUCUGCCAUCUACAAACAGUUGCAGAACAACGACAAAGGCUGGUUGCUGGGUGACUGUCGAUACCCCCUGAGGAAGUGGUUAAUGACGCCGGUCACCAGCCCACAAACCCCGGCAGAGUUCCAGUAUAAUCUGGCCCACGCUGCCACUCAUGAGAUAGUGGACAGGACCUUCCGAGCCAUCCAGACCAGAUUCAGAUGUUUAGACAGCACCAAAGGAUACUUACAGUAUUCUCCGGAGAGGAGUUCGUCCAUCCUGCUGGCCUGCUGUGUCCUCCACAACGCCUCCCUACAGUCUGGACUGGACGCCUGGACCAUGGAGAGGACCGUCCCCCCCGAACAGCACGAGAGCCUAGAGCAGAGACCUGAGGAGCGAGACAGCCACGCAGAGGAGCUGAGAAAAGAACUCAUACUCGGACACUUCAGCUAAAAUCCUGACUGGGUCGUCACAUCAAUAAGGUCAAAGGAGGUCAAGACUGAGGAAAGACUGAAUCAGGAAAAUCCACAGACACCGUGUUGCUGAUGCAGUUUUUUAAUAUUUUGCUGUAUUCUAUUCUACUGGCUACACUAAGAUAACAUACUUAUAUAUAUUUAUAUCUAUAUAUGUAUAUAUAUAUCCACAUAUACAUAUAUAGAUAUAAAGGAACAUGCACGGCUCUAUACAACAAACCAAGACGACAUUAUAUCCAAACACAUUUCAAACAACUGAGCUCCUCAGAAAGUCCCAGAUUAUUCUCUGUGGAAUUCUCUAGUGCCCCCUGUAGUCUGGAGACAACUAUUCAAACUGUGUGAAGCUACUGUGUCAUCAAGGUUUCCUUAUGAGUGGGAAAAAAAAUCACCCUCUACUGUAAUUUCUUUUAAACCCUUCCCCAUUUUUCCCUCUCCAUUCCACAGGUUUAACGUCUUGGACUAUGUGACAAUACAAAAACAAGGCCCUUUAUUUACAACAUCUGCACAUUAGGUUGUUGUUAUUUAUGUACACUGGUGCACUGAGACUGUUUAAGGGAUUAGAAUGACCGAGUGGGUGAGUGAGUGGUCGCAGUCAAAUGGUAUUGACAGCAUGAGAAAUGCAAAAUUAAAUUGAUAAAAAAUUGUA